AUGACAGCACUCGCCGAUGAAGUGAGGGAAAAGUACUCGCUGUCGCUGUCGUCUGACUACGUCGAGCGCUGCGUGCAGGCGAAGGCGUCGCUAACCUCCCUGGAACUGUACCAGAAAUCACUUUGGGAGAAUUUGCGCGAUAUCUGCGGCACGAGUCUGCUGCCCUACGGCAUCGGCGCCCAGGUUUCUGCCACCCUUCCCAAUGCUGUUGUCAUGCAGAUCAACGCGUCACGAGACGCGACGCAGCCGUUGCGGCCCUGCGCCGACGCCUCUGAUGAGGAAGCCUUUCUCAACGCGGCCUUUCAGCGGAACUCCAGCAAACGACUGCUGCGGUUGCAGCUGACUGACGGAAAUGUCGAGAUCUCAGCACUGGAACUAUCUACCUUGUGUGUGUUUCAGGGAAUUCCCACCCCCGGGGAGAAGUUGCUGAUUCACAAGGGCGCCGAGGUGCGCAACGGCUGCAUCAUCUUGUCCGAAGGCAGCGUCUCCGUGCUCGGUGGUGAGGUGCGUCAGUUGAAGCAGGACUUCCUCGCUAACCGUCGCCGACUGGAGGUUGGCUACCAGACGAGUAACGGCCUCGAUGGGGCGCCUCGUUUUGCUCCGCUGCAGGUGGGACAUCACUAUCGCAGUAGUGUGGCGAACAGCGGUGCCCCGGUUGACAUAGGGCAUCAAGGUGGAGCUUCACCGUACCACGCGAAUGAGCGCGGCGGUAGGCGCAGCAACUACUCUCGCAACGGCGGCGGUGGCGGCCGUGCCCAGCAAGCAGGCGACAACUAUGAGGGGCGUGUUAGUGCCGGCGAUCACGGCAGGGGAGGACGGGGAGGUCGGGGCGGCCGCGGUUGGGACAGUUCUUAUGGCGGCGAUGGUUGGCGAGGCCAUGGAAGGAGAGGUGGGGGAUAUGUCAGGCGAGGUGAUGGUGGCCGCGUCGACUCCCGCGGUUGUGUCGGGGGUGCGUCGUACCACGUUGACACGGCGAACUUCCAACCGCCGGCGGAGAAGUUUCCGGAGAUUAACGAGGCGAAUUUUCCGCGGCUGGUAUGA